AUGACUUCAAACCUUGCGUUCUUUGAUUUAAUGGACAACUUUCUGCCAUCAGAUAAGUGUUUACUAGUGAAUGACUUAGGGUAUACUUCUUACAGUACCAGUAGUGUUUCUUGUCCAAACUCAUCUUGCCUUUGUGUCACUGAGGAUCUACAGCUGAUGGAGCAACAUUAUGCAACUUGUCAUCAUCAUUCAUGUUCACUUUGUGGUUUAAGUUUUAUAUCUUCAAGGCUUCUUUCGAUACAUGAACAAAUUACACAUUGUGGAGCUUUUAAACCAAAGCUGGACUGUUUUCUCGUCGCAUGCCCUCAAAAAUUCUGUGACUCCGCCAAACUUUUCGCACAUGCUUAUGAUUGCCAUGGGCUUCUUCCUGACUCGUCAGUGCUCAUAGGUACAAUGAUAAGUGUCAAAAAUCGCAAUUCUAAUAAAAUCAUGUCCGAGUUUGUUGUCCACCGUUGGGAUGAAUCCGUUGAUGGCCAACUCACCCUAGAAAAUAUGCUAAAGAAGCUCAAAUCGGAGGGUUGUAGUUACAUAAAUUACAAGUUCAGUCCUGGCACCAAUUUUCCGGAACAUACCCACAACGAAGAUAAAUUGGACUGCAUUGUUAGCGGCCAGCUUUCAUUCACUAUGUAUGGAAAGGAAAUUAUAUUAGGUCCUGGUGAUCGUCUUGAAGUUCCUCGCAACAUACCACAUUCUGCUCGUGUUGUGGGCAAAGAUCCUCUCGUAUUUGUGGAUGCUACACGAAAAUCAUAA